AAACUAAGAGAAAUACACACACACACACAUAUAUAUAUAUAUAUAUAAGUUUUAAUCCUGAGAGAGGUGAUUCUUCGUUAAAAUAUUUCGAAUUUCGAAUUGUUCUUCUUCUUUUUCUGUAAUUGUAACACUUCGGAUAAUUCCAAAUUUGUUUUUGUCACAAACUCAUAUUAGAAUCUAUAAUUCCAUAAUUAUCAGAAAUUUUUUUUUUAUGUUAGUUAGUGUAUAGUGUUAGAGUUCCUUAGAAGAGUUGAAUUGUUGAGAAAAUCAUCAAAGAUGGAGCCUUAUUCAACGGAAUUGCUAUGGUUGGUUAUUGUGGGCUUUAUCAUAGCAUUUGUCUUGGCAUUUGGAAUAGGUGCCAACGAUGUAGCCAAUUCAUUUGGCACCAGUGUAGGCUCUGGCGUUUUAACCAUACGUCAGGCCUGCGUCUUGGCUACAAUUUGCGAGAUUUCGGGCGCUGUUCUAAUUGGUUAUAAAGUGUCCGAUACCAUGCGUAAAGGUAUUUUGGAAGUUGGUCUUUAUGAGGGCCACGAGGGAGAACUUAUGUUAGGUUGUAUGGCAGCUUUGGCUAGCAGUGCUAUUUGGUUAUUGGCAGCGACUUUUCUCAAAUUGCCCAUAUCGGGCACGCAUAGCAUCGUCGGAUCAACUAUCGGAUUCUCUUUGGUAGCGAGGGGCACUCAAGGUCUAAAAUGGUCAACUAUGGGCACUAUUGUGGGCUCUUGGUUCAUAUCACCCGUACUUAGUGGUUUAGUUAGCAUUUUGCUCUUCUUAGCUAUAAGAAAAUUUAUUCUACACACCUCUAAUCCCCUAAAAUUUGGCCUACGCUCCUUGCCAAUAUUCUAUGGGGUCACAUUUUUUAUAAAUGUUAUUAGUGUCAUGUUGGAUGGUCCUAAAUUACUUUACAUGGAUAAUAUACCCACAUGGUUGGCUGUGAGUGCUAGUUUACUUUUGGGUUUAUUUGUAGCCAUUUUAACUCAACUGAUUAUUGUACCUUGGCAGAAGCGUAAAAUUGCAAAAAAAUUGAGUGCUAAAAAUCCAGUUAAAUUUCAAUUCGAAGAUUCCAUAGUGUUUGCAGAAUCUUCACCGUCCGGUAGUCCCAAGAAGAAUCGUCGACCAUUGUCAUUGGUUAGUGAUGGUAAACAAUUGCCUGCCAUAGCUGAGAUUACUGAGCUGGUCUCGUUAUCUGCUGAUUCACCGAAAACGUUUAAACUAGCCUCAUUUGCUUUUAAUGGCAAGCAAAAUGGCUUAACACCGGACAGUUAUAAAAUCAAUCCGGAUAUUAUUAAAAAGGCUGAGGAUUUACUGGGUAAAGCCAGUUUGGAUAAUACCGAUCUAACGGUAACUAGUUUAAAUUUUAUCGAUGAACAUCAAAAUGGUAAUGGUAGCAAUGUCAAUUGCGGCGGUGGCCAUGCUUUAAACGGUUAUUCGAAUGGCAUACGUAAACAGAAUGGUAUAAGAACUUUAGAAGAAUGUUUUAAACCUCAAAUGCAAUCGCCGCAGAUGGAGAAAAAUUUAGCAAAAAAUGUUGACUUACCUAACGUCGCCACCGUCGCCGCUUCCGUCGCCGUCGCCGUCGCCGUAAAUAAUAACAUCACUACCAAAGAUAAUACUGCCGGUAAAGAAAUUACUAAAGAUGAAUGUGAUAAAGUUUCCACUACUAACCAAAAAAGCCUCAAAGCUGUGGAGAGUGUCUCUAGUUUGGAAAUGAUGAUAUCUUCAAAUUCAAGUAAAGUUCCUUUAAUCGAGAGCAAGGAGGAGAGUAUUAACGGCUAUAAGACCAAUAACCAAAUGGAGAUCGAGGAGAAAAAUGAAGAGGUUUCCAUGUUGUUUUCAUUUCUGCAAGUACUAACAGCAACAUUUGGCAGCUUUGCUCAUGGUGGCAACGACGUCAGCAAUGCUAUCGGUCCCUUAAUUGCUUUAUAUAUGAUUUAUCGCGAAGGUUCUGUGAUGCAAAAAGCCGAGAGUCCCAUAUAUAUUUUAAUAUAUGGUGGCAUUGGCAUUUCAAUUGGUCUAUGGCUUUGGGGUCGUAGAGUUAUUGAAACCAUAGGCAAUGAUUUAACCAAAAUUACCUCAUCAACCGGUUUUACCAUUGAAAUUGGUGCUGCUAUAACUGUACUGCUGGCCAGCAAAAUUGGUUUGCCCAUUUCGACUACGCAUUGUAAAGUCGGUUCAGUUGUCUUUGUGGGUCACAUUAGUGCAAAAUGCUCGAAUAAAAAAAAUAAACUUCUGAUCACCAAUAAUACAACGUCGUCGACAAAGGAUUCUCAAACAAUCGAAAAUAUUGAUCAGGAGAAACCAAUUGAAAAAGGCAGCGUCGAUUGGCAUCUAUUUAGAAAUAUAGCUUAUGCCUGGAUAGUAACAGUACCCGUUACGGCUUUACUAAGUGCUGGUAUUAUGUUCUUACUUUCCCUGAUUGUUUUAUAAUAAACGCAAGGAUAGUUACUGUUGACAGAUUAAGAUAGCAUAAGUCAGGUAAAAACAAAAAGCAUCAACAUCUAAUUGUACUUAUUUAUCGUACUUAUACGUGUAAACAUACUUACAAGCAUACAUAAAAAAAAAAAA